AUGCAGAGCAAUGCGCGUAUAUGUUUGUUUGUACGUGAGUUUGUGUUGCUGGGAGGAGGCCUGAGUCAGAGCGAGGAGGAGAUGGCACUCAGUACCAUGAAGCCGGGCGGGAAAGCUGUUCUAGUGCCACUGUCGUUGGCACUGUUGGUUGUGAGGGCGGACAUAGAUAUUAACAACUUCAUUACCAGCCUGAAUCAUCUCCGCACGACCAUGGAAGAGUACGUUGGAUGCGACCAGAGGAUGGAGAAACUGUGGGAGGACAUCAUGACUCGUAACAAGAUGUUUAAUCACCUUAAUGAAAGGCUGCUCAGUAAGAUGGACCAGCUAGCCAAGAUUAGGGAGAGGGAUGAAAUCCAGAGCGAAUGCAAGCCUCCCUUUCAAGUAUUCAGGGGAUACUGCCUCCUGCUCAACACAGUAAGCUCGUUAGAUUGGGCACAGGCAAGGUUCGUUUGCUGGGUCAAGGGCGGUGACCUCGCCUAUCCCUGGAGCCUUCAGGACCUCAAGGAUUUCCUUCCCAAAACAGAGCUUGUACAAAUGCUAAGAAACCGCAGAAUCCACCGCCCUUCGUGGCUCCGAGAAACGCCAAAUAAGCCAGGGUCGCCGGGAAUCGCGAGCCCCAUGCUAGGAACUUGGGCCAUAGGAUCUGGUGUUACUGCAUGCUGUUAG